UACUGUCCGUCAGAGGGCGGCACUGAGGCCGGCGUCGAGUCAGUCUCAGGCAGUCUGGAGUGCCGCUGAGCCGGGCAGAGCAGACAGACAGAGAGUUGGGCUGGUGGAAGGAGGGAGGCAGCCUGAUGCCGCCGGGGUUUACCGGGAAUUAAAAAUCUGACGCCCAGCGCUGCGCGGUGGACUCUGUCGCUUCUGGAGGAGGAACACGAACACAACAAUAUGCAUCCUUUGUGGAUUUGGAUGCUGAUGGCGGCCCUGCAGUUCAUUCAGAGUGAAGAGGCCGAGCACUCAUUGUCAAGCAAGAAGGGGGCGUUGCCAUGCACGAGGGGGUUUGCACAGGACGAGUACAUUAUCGACACGGACCAGGAGCUGGCAAAGGGACAAGCUGUCUUCAACGUGAGCUUCAUGGACUGCGGUGGCGGUAAGGUCUGGUUCAACGUUGGAGAGUCGUCUGAUUUCAGGGUGAGUGAGGAUGGCGUGGUCCUCACCCUACGACGCGUCAGCUUGGCGGCACAGAAAAAAGCCAUGGUGGUGGUCUAUGCUCAAGACUUGCAGUCCAAACAAGUCUGGAAGACUAGAGUGUACCUCCAGGUCCAUCCAGACGGCAACAGCACAGGCCCUGAGCAGGUAAAGCAGGUAAAGCUUGAUGAUGCAACACUGACUCAGAGGGUACCAGUGAUCUUGUUUCCAUGGCACAGCGUGGUUGUCAGGGGUGAUGGUACUCUUAGGCGUGUGAAGAGGGACUGGGUCAUUCCGCCUAUCAACGUCCCCGAGAACUCACGAGGACAGUUCCCCGAGGACCUAGUCAGAAUCCGCUCAGACCGAGACAAGAACCGGAUGCUGCGCUACAGUGUGACAGGCCCUGGGGCUGACCAGCCUCCCACCGGCAUCUUCAUCAUCAACCCCAUCUCAGGCCAGCUGUCCGUCACCAAGCCUCUGGACAGAGAACACAUCUCCAACUUUCAUUUGCGAGCCCACGCUGUGGACCUGAAUGGGAAUCAGGUGGAGAAUCCCAUCGACAUUGUUAUCAACGUCAUCGACCAGAACGACAACAGACCAGAGUUCACACACACUACCUUCAACGGCUCUGUACCUGAGGGAUCCAAGCCAGGAUCCUUUGUGAUGACAGUGACAGCAGUGGACAAAGAUGAUCCAAAAACUGCCAAUGGGAUGCUGCGGUAUAAGAUCCUCUCCCAGAAUCCCCAGAGCCCCUCCUCCAACAUGUUCACCAUCAACAACAAAACUGGUGACAUCAUCACUGUGGCAGCGGGCCUGGAUCGGGAGAAAGUCACCCAGUACACCCUGAUCAUCCAGGCAACUGACAUGGAGGGAAACCCCACGUAUGGCCUGUCUAACACUGCCACCACUGUGAUCAGGAUCACGGAUGUCAACGACAACCCCCCUGAAUUCACCACAGACACAUUCUUCGGGGAGGUCCAUGAGAACAGGGUGAAUGUGAUCGUAGCUAACCUGACAGUGACAGAUAAAGACCAGCCUCAUACUCCGGCCUGGAGCACUGUGUACCGCAUCAUCGCUGGAGAUCCCACGGGACGCUUCUCCAUCCCCACUGACCCCACCACCAAUGAGGGCCUGCUAACCGUGGUCAAGCCAGUAGACUUUGAGCUGACCCGCUCCUUCAUGCUGACAGUGGAGGCGGAGAAUGAGGUCCCGCUGGCCCGAGGCAUCCACCUGCUUCGCCAGUCCACGGCAACCGUCUCCGUACGCAUCCUGGACAUCAACGAGAGUCCAGAGUUCAGCCCCAACCCCAAGUCCAUCAAACUGGAGGAGGGUCUGCCUGCCGGGUCUCUGCUCACCACCUUCACUGCCCAGGACCCAGACCGCUUCAUGAGACAAACUGUCCGGUACUCCAAGAUGUAUGACCCUGCCAACUGGCUGGAGAUUGACCCAGUUAACGGCCGGAUUUCGACCAUUGCCAUCCUCGACCGAGAGUCUCCCUACGUCAAGAACAACCUGUACAACGUCACCUUCAUGGCCUCUGAUAACGGUAUCCCACCUGCCAGUGGGACAGGAACCCUUCAGAUGUAUUUGCUGGACAUUAAUGACAACGCUCCUCACGUGUUCCCCCCUGAGGUAGAAAUGUGUGAGAGGCCAGAUCCCAACGCCAUCAACAUUACAGCCAGUGACCCAGACCUGAACCCCAAUGCUGGACCCUUCGCCUUCGAGCUGGCCAACCGUCCAUCAGAUAUACGCCGCAACUGGACACUCAGUCGCAUCAACGGGGAGUACGCCCAGCUUCGACUGCGAAUCAGCUCCCUGGCCAGUGGCAUCUACGAGGUUCCAGUCAUGAUCACAGACUCUGGAAACUUGCCGAUGUCCAACACCUCCUACCUGAGGGUCAAGGUCUGCCAGUGUGAUCACCAUGGAGACUGUGUGGACAUGGAGCGAAUCAUCGCUGCUGGACUGGGCACCGGAGCCAUCAUCGCUAUCCUGAUCUGUAUCAUCAUACUGUUAGUGCUGGUGCUGCUCUUCGUCAUGUGGAUGAAGAGGAGGGACAAGGAGCGUCAGGCCAAGCAGCUCCUCAUCGACCCAGAGGACGACGUCCGGGACAACAUCCUCAAAUACGACGAGGAGGGAGGUGGAGAGGAGGACCAGGACUACGACCUGAGUCAGCUGCAGCAGCCUGACGCUCUGGAGCCAGAGUGUGUCAAAGUGGGAAUCAGACGUCUGGAUGAGAGGCCCCUACACUACGACCACCAGUACCCCCUCCGCUCUGCUGCCCCCCACCCAGGAGACAUAGGAGACUUCAUCCAUGAGGGCCUGAAGGCAGCAGACAACGACCCCACUGCCCCUCCCUAUGACUCCCUGCUGGUGUUCGACUAUGAGGGCAGCGGCUCAACCGCCGGUUCCCUCAGCUCCCUGCACUCCUCCUCGAGCUGUGGAGACCAGGACUACGACUACCUCGGCGACUGGGGGCCACGCUUCCGCAAGCUGGCCGACCUGUAUGGCGGAGGGGACGAUUAGCACCCUCAGCUCCCACCAACAACAACCACCCUCCCCACCCAACCCCUGCUCCAAGGCACAGGUGUGGGUGGAGCUAAGGCAACACGAAAUGGGGUGAAGACGGGGUUUGGAUCAGCACUUCUGUAUUACCACAGGACAGCUUGUAAAGAGACCUGCUGCCUCUCGAGGACAGUUGAUGACACUAGGGACCAUGCUGACUCUGGGCCUAGCAAGGCCUGGCAGUGGGGAGCAUUCAGGCUAAUGGACAUUAUCAUCUGAGCAUUUGCCCCUGAGCUAACAGCCAGAACAGUGCGCUCAGAGGGACGUCGUCUCUGCGACAGCCAUGCUACAGACGUUCAUCUACACUUGAAUCUCACAGUACAGGAGCACUGGGCUCAAACGUGCCUUUUUGUACAUUCUUUUGAUUGUGUCCUGAUUCUGUACGUCGCUUUGAGGCUCCGCUGCUCUACAGCUGCAGCUGGAGGAGCGCUUCGCCAUGAUAACGAGUGCAUGUGUGUGUUCCACAUCAUUACCUUUACAUGUGUGUGUGUGAGAGAGAGUGUGUGUGAGUCAUUUCCGCAGAGUCACACUGGAUGGACACUAAAGGGCAAAGCCUAUGAUGAGACCGCCUUGGAUGAUCCAACCUGCAGAAACAUGGCUCUCCUGUGCAGCUCUGGGUGUUAGCACUUUUCUUUUCUCUCUGAUUCAGUCACAAAGUUCUACAGUUUGUAGAUCCUAAUGUUCAUCACAACUGCUGUCAUUACAUAUGUGACACAGUGACACAUUCCAGAUAGUAUAUCCUCUCUCUGAGGCACAUGUGUGUAAUCAGGCGCAGUUUAUGACACAGUAAAUUUAAAUAACCUUGUCUCUGAAUCUGCAGGUUUUCACAGCAGGAGACUGAAACAGUUUUUUGAGGAGCAGUUUAAAUAUUGUUGUGUCCUCGCUGUGUUUCCACUGAUGGGGACUUGAUGGGAUGUAAUUGACUUUAUUUGCAGGUUGAUAAAAAUACAGAAAAAUACAGCGAUAAAAUAUCAUUUCAUUUAUGUGUCACCAACAAAGAGUCAAUGCCACAGCAAAGAAAGUAAACCUGAAAAAUAAACCCCCACCAUGAGGAUAAUGAACAGAGUCAUGAAACAUGCUGAAUAUGACAGAGACAGCAGCAGUGAACGCGUGAGUGAUUCAGGUACAGCAGACAUGUUCUGAUGAAUAUGUAUGCUAUAUGUAUGAUAUAUGUAUGAUAUUCAAUGACCUUUAAUCUGCUAAUUAAUCUGUCCUACAGAAGAACUUGGACUUUAUGAAUCCAGCUGAUGUAUCUUUGCAUACUGCAGUGGGGCAGUCACAGAUGUUACAGCAUUUCUCUGUGAUGAUAUCAGUUCCAUAUUUGGAUCUUUUUAGUUCCUGGAGGAUAAGGAGGUACAGGAAACAACAUUUUCCAUAUGUGGAUAUAAAUGUUUGUGACUGAAGUUUCACAAAAUCUCAAACAACAGCUAAAGUGUUUAAAAUUUUCGCACCACUCUGUUUCUGUCAUGUUCAAAUACAAUCAACACAACACAUCCAUGUGGAUCAGGUUGCACACAAUCACAUCACAGUGUAAAAGUGGCAGAGAAACCUCACACACUGGUCUGAACUGACUGAGCACCACACUGAAGCCAACAGUAAAACCAGGACUCAGUGAGUCCACCUGAGGAGUAGACCAGCUCCUGUGUCACAACAUCACAAAACUUCACCAGCUUCAUGAAUGGAGAGGCUGUGCAGUUCAGUCUGUAUGUGGGGGAGAGACAAGUUCACUGAGCGAGGAUACAGCCUGCAUCACAGAGCUACAGCUGUAACACUGAAGGAUGUGUAGAUAACAGAUGGUAUCAGUGCUUCAUUUCCUUAUUAUAACCCUAUUUGCCCUGAUCAGCUAACAAUGAUCAGCCAACAUACUCUCAGUCUUUCUUUUGUACAAGUUGAACAUUAAACUUAUUCAUGUGCAGUUCAUUCUCUUCGUCACACUUACACACUGAAAUCAUUGUCUCAGUCUGUUUCAGCUCCUCAUCCUGACUGUGAGAGCAGUGACUCUGGGCCAGUUGAUGAGUCAGAGCCUGGUCUUUGUCUGUGGCAGCAAAACACAAGUCAUCAUGAACUCAUGGGCUAACUCAACACUGACCAGGGCUGACUAUUUACAAAAAAACACAUUCACAGGGCUUGAAGGAGCCUAAUAGUCCAGCAACAUGAAGGUGAUACACACCUCAUGCUUCAACACUUCUUAAUACAUAGGCUCAGUCUUUUUCCUCAUUCAAUAAGAACAUUUGCUCGACCAGCUGUUAUAUUAAAAGCUCAAGAUUUUCAGUUUCCUGUACCUUCAAAAUGAAGUUUACCAGGAGCAAUGUCCAUGGUGGUCAGACUAUAUAAGGUUGUAUAAGGAUGCAUACAGCUGUAUACAGCUGUAGCAUUGCCUCCUGUUGAGUCACUUGUUUCUGUGGUUUCUGUCAGUGAGCAGACAUUGGUCAAACCCAGAGUUGUAUAGCAGAGCUUCAUAUUUUUGCAGGUAGGUUCUCCAGAGCUGCUGAGGAGACAUGUACAGUAGUGCUAGACUUUAGAUAGAUCCCUUCUGUUUUUGUUUUGCUUUUAUCACAGUGUAACUUAUGCAGCUGGUUGCUGAUAAAGGGAGUCAUCAGUCCUCGUUUUGUAGCAGAGACACUUGAUACUGCUGUGGUGGAUUAAAAAAGGCAAUGUUUUCUUUCUGCUGAUGAUUUGCCUUAGUGUUCUCUGGAUACUCACUGUAAACUGAACUGUACAGAUUGUAUUUUUUCUCUUGUUGUUCUUUUGGCUGUGGUCACAGAAAAUGACAUGCUAUUAUCCUGAAUCCUUGUAUAUGUGUCAUUUGGAUUACAAAUUAAAACGUUUUUGCAUGUUUUUAUCUUUUCA